CCAUAACGACAGCGGGCAGUUCGGCGCUGUACCACCACAACAACAGCGGUCCUGUCACAGAGCUGCAUGACAGAGCCGUCCAGUCCUCUGAGGAGUGGGAGCUCUUACAGGGAGACACCGGACCUCUAAAGGACCCCGACGGCUGGCUGCAGUUGAGUUUUGUCGACGGGUUUAUUUCUGAGAUAUGAGUCAGCGUAACACAACAUUCAAGCUUACCAGCUAGUGGUGUGUGAUCUGGAGGGAGAGGAAAGGACAGCAGAGAAUAUGGAGGUGUCAGAUGGUUUGUUGCUGCAGGUCAAUAAUGGAGAGCAGUGGUGUAACCGCUGGAAACAUCCCAAUGAUGACUCGGACCGCAGCACCAGCCCCUCGGUCCUGCGCUGCGUUGCCAGCACGUGGAAGGAGGGUCUUCUGAACAGAAAGAGGCCCUUUGUGGGCCGUUGCUGUCACUCCUGUACACCACAGAGCUGGGAGAGACUGUUCAACACCAGUAUUCCAUCUCUGGGACUGCGUAACGUCAUCUAUAUCAAUGAGACCCACACCAGACAGCGGGGCUGGCUGGCGCGCAGGCUAAGUUAUGUGCUGUUUGUCAUGGAAAGAGAUGUCAACAAGGACAUGUUCACCAGGAAUGUAGUGGACAAUGUGCUCAACAACAGCCGGGUGGAGAGUGCUAUUGUGAAGGUAGCCACAGAUGUGGACACUGCAGCCAGCCAGCCUGGCCAGGACCACAAAGCUGUCAGUAAAGUGAAGCAGAAAGCCAGGGCCUUCCUCCAGGAGAUGGUGGCCAACAUUUCACCAGCCUUUAUCAGGCUGACGGGGUGGGUCCUCCUGAGGCUCUUUAACGGGUUCUUCUGGAGCAUCCAGAUCCACAAGGGCCAGCUGGAAAUGGUCAAGAAAGCAGCUACGGAGCAAAAUGUGCCCAUGGUCUUCCUCCCUGUUCAUAAAUCCCACAUUGACUACCUGCUCAUCACGUUGAUCCUGUUCUGUCACAACAUCAAAGCCCCACACAUUGCUGCUGGAAACAACCUAAGCAUCCCUAUCCUCAGCACCCUUAUCCGUAAACUUGGAGGGUUCUUCAUACGACGGAAAAUGGAGGAGACCGGGGAUGGGAAGAAAGACAUUCUGUAUAGAUCACUCUUGCAAGCAUAUACAGAGGAGUUGUUGCGUCAGCAGCAGUUUUUGGAGGUCUACCUAGAGGGUACCCGCUCCCGCAGCGGUAAGCCAUCUACAGCGCGUGCAGGCAUGCUGUCCCUCGUGGUAGACACACUGUGCACUGGGUCCAUCCCAGACGUACUGGUGGUGCCAGUUGGCAUCUCUUACGAUCGUAUAAUUGAGGGCAACUACAAUAGCGAGCAGCUGGGAAAGCCCAAGAAGAAUGAGAGUUUGUGGGGAAUAGCAUGUGGAGUGUUCAGGAUGCUGAGGAAGAACUACGGUUGCGUCCGAGUUGACUUCAACCAGCCCUUCUCCCUCAAGGAGUACCUGGACUCCCAGAGAAGCCGCCAUAUUCCACCACCAGUGUCCCUGGAACACACCUUGAUGCCCACCAUUAUUUCUGCUCAACCUGAUGCUCAGCUGUUUGAGGGGCAGGAGGAGGAGCAGAUGAACAGAGAGCUGCCUGAUGAUAUCUUGAGACGACAGCUCAUUAACAACCUGGCCAAGCACGUCCUCUUCACGGCUAAUAAGUCCUCAGCAAUCAUGUCUACCCACAUUGUAGCCUGUCUGCUGCUCUACAGACACAGACAGGGGGUGGUGCUGUCCAAGCUGGUGGAAGACUUCUUCAACAUGAAGGAGGAGAUCCUGUCACGGGACUUUGAUCUGGGCUUUUCUGGGAACUCCGAGGAUGUGGUCAUGCGUGCACUCCACCUGCUGGGAAACUGCGUCAACGUGACCAGCAGUGCGAAUCGCAAUGGAGAGUUCACUGUUGCACCCAGCCAAACUGUACAAGCGCUUUUUGAGCUCAACUUCUACAGCAAUGGCCUUUUCCAUGUCUUCAUUUCUGAUGCAAUCAUUGCCUGCAGCAUCCUGUCGCUGCAGCGGGAGCUGGUCGCAGAAUCAGACACUGAUCACCAGCCCGGUUGUCUCAGUAGCCUCCCUCUCAGUCAAGAGAGACUCAUCCGCAAGGCUGCUAUGCUCUCCCACUUCCUUAUCAAUGAGGUGGCUGUGGCGCCACCCUGUCAGACUAUUUACCAGGUUUUUCACGAUGCAGUGACCCGGCUGAUCCAGUAUGGAGUUCUCUACGUAGCAGAGGAGGACCAGGAGGAACUGAGUCCCAGCCCCACAGAGGAACCAUGGCCCAAAAAGUUCCCCGAGCCCCUUUCCUGGAGAAGUGACGAGGAGGAUGAGGACAGUGACUUCGGCGAGGAGCAGAGGGAUCGCUACCUAAAGGUGAGCGUUUCUGCAGAACACCAGGAGUUCUUCGUCUUCCUACAGCGACUUGUGAGCCCCGUGCUGGAGGCCUACAGUGGGGCCGCCAUCUUCGUCCACAGUCUGAGUCAGCCCAUGGCUGAGUCUGACUACACCCAGAGGCUCUUCAGAUACCUGCUCACCCGCACAGAGAGAGGAGUAGCUGCUUAUGGUGAAAGUGCAACUCAUUACUUGGUUAAGAACACAGUGAGGACAUUCAAAGAGCUUGGGGUCCUGAAGGAGAGAAGAGAGAACCGGGUGACAACUCUGGAGCUGAGCAGCACUUUUCUACCUCAGGCCAAUCGGAACAAACUCCUGCAGUACAUCUUAGGUUACACCCUGCUGUAACAGAGACACCCUUCAGCCCAGCUCAGACCCCAGGCUCCUUCCAAUAAAGGGCUUCUACUGGUUACUUCUAAACAAUCCCAGGUGCUACUCUGUGGAAAGCUUUACCAGGAAGUGCCUUCACGUAACAGCCGCUAACUGUUAGCUGUUAGCCGGAAGAGACUUGAAGCCAGUCUUCCCUUUUUGUUCCAGUCUAUGACUCCCUGUCUUAGAACUGUGCAGCUGAUAAAACACAUGUAUUGUUCUUUGAAGAGGUACCUCUAGGAAUCAUCCUGUCUUUGAGAACAUUGCCAGUGAAGUCUUGAGGUUUUAAUAUGAUCAAGAUUUUAUCAGAAAAUAUACUCAAGCAGGUUAGUGAAUAAGAAUCACUUUUACAGCAAUCCGAACAAAGCAAGCUGCCUUUAGUCUAUACAAGUGAACAAGCAAAAUAUGCAUAGAAAAUAAUGGUAAACAUUACCAACAACAAAGGCAUUUUUAUGUUUAACUCUUUCUGCUUGUUUGUAGAACUGUUGUAUUCUCUCCAGUGCGCUCCACUAUCAUACCGUAGAAAACAUGUAAAAGUGUAUUUUUAAAACUAAUUCCUGUACAUAGGCCACAAGAUCAGUGUCUCUCAUUUGUAGUCCAUUUAAAUGCGUGCUCGCUGCUGACAUCAAAUUUAACAGAUUUGAAAGAUUUGCCCCUGCAAAAUGCGUACAUAUCUUAAAUUUCCAUUAAAAAAUUAAUACAUGUAAAAAUCUAAUCCUUAGAGACAGCUUUGGUCAGUUAUACUGCACAGAUACUGGUUAAAGUUAUCAAAAACAUAAGCGGCAAAUCAGCUCAGCCAUGCAACAAUAUCUACUUGGCAAACAACAACAAACAAAAUGUACCUGUUGAAAAUCCAGCGCAGCUGCAGCCUCAAAUCACAUGCAUCUACAGUUAAGUGCAUUCAAACCACUAAUAUCUAAGUGCAUUCAGUUACACUUUUUGUCAUGGGUAUUGAUGAAAAGUGACUUUGAUCUCUGUGUUAGUGUACCACUGUUCUCACUUUUCAAUGAAUGUGACAUAGCACAGCACCUAAAAUGCUUACUACCAGCCAUCACAUCCACUUCAGUUUAAGUGUAACAAGCUCAGAAGCUCUUCGGUCAUGCCUUUCAGGGAAAGCAGAGAUUUGGGAGAACCACCUUUUUUUUUUCUUUCUGUAUUAUAAUCACACUUUACAAAAGCUGUUAUGGCAUCACUGCUGAGUGAGCUAUUUUGCUCCAAUGGUUGGGCAUUCGCAAGUCAGAGGAACUACAUAGUGUGGUAAAAAUAAAUGGUACAUAUCCACCGUGUAAUCCAUCUGAACAAAAGGUCAAGUCUGUAAAAGUUAGCCGUUUGUGAGAAUAGUGUCUUUGUUGUACGUUCAAGAAACUCUCGAUGAAAGGAGAGGAUGUCUUUCUCCUUUGUUUACUUUUAAACGCAGACUGCUGUGAGGAGCAGUGAUGUUUCUGUAAAUGAAAUGAUAGUUCUUAACUGGGUCAGGUUUACCUGUUCUUUAUUUUUCUUGGUUAUAGCUUCACUUCAGAUUUUCAGCACCACUGUCUUACUUUCACAAAAUCACAGUCUAAAAAUGUCCUUAAAACACACUUUCUCAACUACCAGUAAGUGUAUCCUGAUCAUUUCCGUUUUUGUUUCUAAAUGCAUGUGUCAAAAAGAAUCUAAACAUCAGACAGGUUGGGAAUAAAAACUCUGUGGCAACAGAUUGUGUUGAUAAUGAAAAUCUAAAACAUACCAAAACUACAUGCGUUAAAUUAAAACUUGAUAGUGAAACCUCACUGCACUAUAUCUGUGCAUUUAGCUAGAAAACAUUAACCAGCUUUUAAUUAUUUUAUUGUAAAACGACCGGACUCAAUAUUUAGGUCUUGUCCUACGUAUGUAAUUCUAAAAAAUAAAUACAUUUUUGCAUUAAACGUGAACAUAAACGUUGGUGUACGAGUGCUCACCAACUGACAGGAAAAAGAAGGAGUGUGUUGGGAAAGGGGAGAGUAAGUCUGAAUAAUUGUGGGCAUUAGAGGGGAUGCGAACCCAAAUCUCAGAUUGAUAAUGUGAAGACAGUGUGAAUGUUAGAAUUUGACAUUCUUGAUCUGUCGGGGCAAUAAGGUAAAUGGGAAUCGGGUGUCUAAUGGUAUACACUGAAUGAAUAUUUAUAUUGAAAGUCUAGUCUGCACCACUGCUUGGUACAAUUAACUUAAAUGCUUUUUCAAAUCUAUGUAAGGAAAUAUCCCUGAAAUUGGGGGAAAAAAAGGUUACUUGUUGAGGAUCAGUGAAUGACACCCAUAGCAUGUUGAAGAACAGAGAAGUAUGUUAUUUGAAUAGGAAUGUGAUCAGAGUGCCCCCCCCCCAAAAAAAAAUAGUCCCUGCUCAAGUUCAGCGGGGAACAUUUUGACAUUCAAAGCAUUUCUGAGCCCACAAUCCUGUAAAAGUCCCCACUCCGGGGGACCCCUCCGCCAAGAUAAAAACCACUUCACGUACUGUACUGCAUGUUUCCUCUGGUCGCCUUUAAUCAUCGACACUUCAAUGUGAAUUCUACUUAACCUGAGAAUUGUAUUUUACAGUUUAGUGUGUGAAUUAUGUUGCAGAGAAAGGUGUGUGUGUGUGUGUGUGUGUGUGUGUGUGUGUGUAGGGGAUGAAAUUUGUUACCUCUUGAAUGUAUCUCAUCUGUCCCCAAAAAGGUCAAUGUGAUAAUUAUAGAAUACUCAAUGGGAGUCGGUACAGAUGUGAUGAUCAUGGGGAUUGUUGAGAACCCGUCGCUACUGAAGCUGCAUUAACAACAUCCCUCUACGAUUAUGUAACUUUGUAGGAUUAAAUAAAAAAAAAAAAAAAAAAAGCCUGUAUCUGGGGAGCAGGUGCCUUUUUAAUGCACUGUAGUGUUCUUUGGUUGUGUUUUUUGUUCUGUUUUUGUGCAUGUUAACAAAGGUUAUUUCGUGUGGGAAAAGAACACUGUAGAUUGUAACUCUAAAAAACAAACACACAAGAGCAGAGAACGUGUGGUUACUAUAAGCAGAAUCACCAGCUACUAAAAAAAAAAAAGUGUCACUUUUUUUCUUGCUUUCUCAGAGCAAAGCACAAUUGGCAUUAUUGGAUUUUGUUUUUAAAUAAAUUAAUGAUAGAUUAACAAUGA